AUGGCGCCGUUAAACACAAAAGAACAAAUUGAGUGCGACCGUGAAAUCCGACGCCAACAAGAUCGCGAGUACAAAGAGAGCCUCGCCCAGGACGUGAAGAAGCUGAGAACGAAGCAGAGGUCUGUUGCGGCGAAGCUGCGACGCGACAAGAUCCGCGACUAUCGCAAUCACCUCAAACAGCAGUCGCAGCCGACGACGUUCGCCAAGCCGCUGCGACUUCUCAUUCGUUUCCCCAACGGCAUGCGGGAAACGAAGACGUUCAGCGCAGAAGACAGCAUCGAGAAGCUUUUCGACGCGAUCAUCGUUCACGACUCCUGUCCGCCAUUCUUCGCCGUCAAGAUGACGUAUCCCAAUCGCGAAGUCUUCUGCGCUCCUCAGUGGUACGCUGACAUCAUCGACGAGGAAAUGACUGACGACGAUUCUACGCCGCCGCCGCUGAUCCUCCCGACCCCUCGAAAGUCCUUCGCCGAAGAGAGCAUUGCCAGUGGCACCACCGUCUUUGUUCAGAAUAUUUCGUGA